UCCAAGAUGGCAACAUUAAAAGCGAUUCGUGCAAAGUUUCCAGGUUUAAAAAACGUUUUUGUGGGUGUCUUAGUAGGCGCUGGGUUGACGAAAAUAUACUACGAGACGACAGGGAAGACUAAAGAUGACAGCUCRGGAAAUCAGGAGGAAAUCGAGAAAAUUAUCGAGAAAAACGAGAACUUGAAAUCAGGGAAGGCGUUUCGUACGAUUGAUUUGAAUGAGGAAAGAGAUUUGGUCGAUUCUUCGCCUGCGAACGAAUUUUGUAAAUACGGAGCGCCACAUAGUCCGGUGAUGUUACUCAAGUACCUAAAUCACUGGGUUUGUUAUGAUCAAGCCAAAAAGAUCCCGAUUUGGGUAGCUGAGCAUCUGACACGAGAUAAGCUGAAGGGAACAGCUGAUCGAGAUCAGGCGAACUUUACUGAGGAUCUGARUCUUCCAGCUGUGUUUCAAGCUCAUAAUAAAGACUAUCUGAGAAGUGGAUGGMAUAGAGGACACAUGGCGCCAGCUGCUGACAACAAGUACAGUCAAGAUGCCAUGAAUGAAUCAUUUCUCUUGUCUAAUAUUGUACCUCAAAACUCCAACAAUAAYGUUAAAUUUUGGUUUCGACUCGAAAGUUACUGUCGAGGCCUUACGAARCGCUAUUCUGAUGUGUAUGUUCUAUCAGGACCUCUAUUUCUACCAUCUUUCGACUUGGAAAAUGGUAGCAAAGUAGUGAAAUAUGAGGUGAUCGGUGAUAGCGAAGUUGCUGUACCAACCCACUUAUUCAAGGUCAUUUUAGCAGACAGAAAAGACAGUCCUCCUCUUCUUGGCGCCUUCGUCGUCCCUAAUCAACCAAUCAGCGAYGAUCGUCAACUGCAUGAAUUCGAGGUUCCUAUAAACACUCUAACCAAGGAAUCUGGGAUUUCGUUUUUCUCCGAUAAUUUAAUCUCAAGUGCAGGCAACCUAUGCCAGGUCGAUGGAUGCAAAAUACUUUCCAAAGAAUUCAUGGACCGUAUAUUUCUUGGCAGUAAUCUUCGACGUUGUAAGACUCUUGAACAACUGGAAAAACUCUGGAAAGACACAAAAGAAAGAGGUAUUACAGAUGAUAAAUCCUUGGCAAUUUAUGAAGAGAAGAUAAAAGAGUUGACAAAGGCAGAGCUCGAGACUGCUGUUUCCAGUGAUGAUGAAGAUAAAAGAGCAAGUGCUUGACACUGAUGAUGAGGAAUGAAAAGCAACCGUGGUCAAGGAAAAGAAGGUCUAGAUCUGGGAACGGAGCACUCUCUUCUCCAACUGAGGUUCCCAAAAUAAUAACUUUACCCCUCCCUCUCGUCCCAUAAUAUUGUUGAUUAGUCGUAUGACAUGUCAAGUAAAGUUAGCUUUGCUUACAACUGAUGAACACAAUUCCCUAUUUGUAAUAUAUUAGUAAUUUACAUGGUCCUUUAGAGAAAAAACAAAAAACAAUUCAGCCAGAGAGGGCACGUAGAAAGUUGCUUCCGUUUAUAGUGCUGACUAGGACAUACAACUAGUAGUAUAAAACGACUAGCAUAAAAUGCAAUGGCGUAACGACAAUACGUACAAGGAUAACAACUAAUGGUAUCUAAACAGCGUAUAAUAAAUUUGAAUAAAAAUA